AUGCCAAUCACAGGUGUCUACUUCAUCCCCUCACAUCCAAACUCUUCAACAGCUCUGGCAGCCAUCACCGAGCGCCUUCGCUCUGCCUACCCAGAUGAAGAACUUAUCCCCUUAGGCCGCUGGGCCCUAGAACAAAAACUAAUGCGAGACACACCAAGUCUCAUCCCCGCAUCAGCGAAUACCCAAUCAGGAAAGCCAAGAUACAUGCAAUUCCUCUCGCUAAGUCACUAUCCCACCCAUGGCUUCAUUUACACAUCCGAACCCCCAGAAAAGCCUUUCCACCCACCACAUGCACCGGCCGGGGCAAGUCCAAGUCCUCCACCGCCUAUGGCUCAAUCUCAACCUCAGUUUCUGUCGCUGUCGCAGUCAACUAGUAACAGCAACAGCUUUACCGCAUCGUCAGAAUCAUCGCCAAUGAUCAUGACUAUUCUCCCAAUGCCAUCAUUUGGUACCCUAUUCCAUCAUUUCACCUAUGCUUGUCAGCCCUUCUGGGCACAUCGGCUGACUGUCGCUGUGCCUAAUGGUGUGAUCUAUGAUGUGGGUGAUUUCCGGGUGAGAGUAGGUGAUGUGCGGCAGACGUUCCCGACUGCGCGGCCGCGUGGGACGGUUAUUGAGAUUGAGUGGCGGGGUCCGACUGUUGUGGAUUCAAUUACGAAUAUGAGUGCCGAGGGUGUGGAUGGGCAGGAUGAGGACUCUGGAAUUGAUGUGAAGUUCUCGAUUGAGGAGUCGGAUGUUGAUGCGGAGUAUGUGGCUACGGCGGCUUUGAUUAGGGAGUUUUGGGGGAGACUUGGUGUUCAGGGGGCGAGGGAGGCCAUUCUUGUUCCUGGGGUUGGGAAUGAGGUUAAGGAUCGGUUGAAGAAGUUGAGGGAUGAGAAGAAGAAUGGGAAUGAGGUUGAUAUGGAGGGUGCGGAUAUCGCGAGGCAGUACAUGGAAGUUUUGCGAUUUAAUCGGUAG